AUGGCCAUCAAAACAAUCAGUCUCCUUGUUCUACUUAGCGUUGUGCUCCUUACCUCAGCUGACGAAGAUUCCAACGUCUUGGUGCUUACUGAUGCCACCGUCGACAAAGCUAUUGCAGACAACGAAAACAUCCUCGUCGAGUUCUACGCCCCAUGGUGCGGACACUGCAAGAGACUUGCUCCUGAAUACGAGAAAGCUGCUAAUUUGCUAAAGGAAAAGGGCUCUAAGGUUGUUAUUGCCAAAGUAGACGCUACUGUUGAGAAAGCUGCAGCAUCAUCAAGACAAAUCAGAGGAUACCCAACACUUAUAUUUUUCCAAAGAGGACAAGAAGUUGAGAAAUACGGAGGAGCUAGAACUGCUGAAGCCAUUGUGGACUACCUACAAGGCAAGGCUGGAGAAAAGAGAACAGAACUCUAA